CAGCGGCGGUGUUGCCUCAGUGAAAACAUCGGCCCGAAUCAGCAGUGUUUGGGUGACUCGCCGCCGCGAUGGAGGAAUUAAGGCAACACUUUGGCAGGAUCCGCGUGCCCCAAGGCGGAGAUAAAGUGUACAAGGACGAGUGUAUGUUCUCCUUCGACACCCCGGAAAGUGAGACUGGGUUGUAUGUCUGUCUGAAGACCUUCCUGGGCUGGGGCAAGGAAUAUGUCUCACCAUACUCUCAGCGUACAGGAAACUGUGUCUUCCUGCACCUCAGACGCAUCAAGAAGGAGUGUCUCAACCCUCAGCUGCCUCCAGAGAAGGAGAUGGAGCCUGAGAAGAAGAUAGCACGCCUUGCUAUAGGUGUGGAGGGUGGCUUCAACCCUGAUGCUAACAAGAAGAGGUACGAGUAUGAAGAACACAAUUCAGUUGUCAUCCUGCCAGCCUUUACCACAAUACCACUACCCAACCCAGAGCUUCCAGAGAUCGUUCAGCAGAGUGUGGCUGGUGUGCUAAAGGCAGAGUCUGCUUUGCAUUUAGCGGAGGUUGAGGCAGCUGCUGGAGCAUGGGAUGGUGAGGUGCGGCAAGUUUCCAAACAUUCAGCAAACCUUGUGCAGCUGGACAAUGGAGUCAAGGUUCCUCCCCGUGGAUGGAAGUGUGAACAGUGUGACAAGACAGAUAAUCUGUGGCUUAAUCUCACUGAUGGAAAGAUUCUCUGUGGUCGAAGGCAGCUGGAUGGCUCUGGGGGAAACAAUCAUGCUGUUGAGUACUACGAGAAGACAAAGUACCCACUUGCAGUGAAGCUUGGCACCAUCACACAGGAUGGGAAUGCUGAUGUUUACAGCUAUGAUGAGGAUGAUAUGGUGCUUGAUCCCAAUCUAGUAAAGCACUUGGCACACUUUGGCAUCAAUGUUAAAGUUAUGGAGAAAACUGAGAAGACAAUGCUGGAGUUGGAGAUUGAUUACAAUCAACGAGCCUGGGAGUGGUCACGCCUGACAGAGUCUGGCACAAAGUUGGUACCCAAGUUUGGGCCAGGAUUUACAGGGAUGAGGAACCUUGGUAAUUCAUGUUACAUAAAUUCUGUGAUGCAAGUGCUCUUCACUGUCCCAAGCUUUGUUGAAAGAUUUUAUGAUAGAAGGCAGACCAUCUUGGAGAACUACCAAGGCUCUAAUCCUUCAGAGGACUUCAGUGUUCAGAUGUGUAAAGUUGCUGCUGGUCUGCUCUCAGGAAGGUACUCAGAGUCUCCUAACACGAUAGACAAGACCAAAGAUGUCGAUGACCUUCAGCCUGGCAUUUCCCCUCUUAUGUUCCGUACAUUGGUUGGGAAAGGCCACCCAGAAUUCUCCACCAAGAAGCAACAGGAUGCCAUGGAAUUUCUGGAGCAUGUGCUGAAAAUGACAGCCUGCAACUCUGUUGGUACAACAGAUCCUGGCAACUGCUUUAAGUUUGAGGUUGAGGAUAAAUUUGUAUGCAGUGCCAGUGGGAAAGUGCGCUUUGUCACUCGACCAGAUCAGUACCUGCCUUUCCCAGUCCCCAUGGAGGAGGCCAUCAACAAAGAGGAGGUGGCAGCAUACCAGGCCAGGAAAGCAGAGGCACAGGCAGCACAGAAGGCACUACCUGAAGAACAAGUCAGAGCUAAAAUUCCCUUUGAUGUGUGUUUAUCAAAGUUAGCAUCACCUGAAGAAGUAAUGACACAGAGCUCUGCAGCUGGAAAGGAAGUUCCAAUGCAUAAGAUCACUCGUCUCCGUACCUUCCCUGACUACUUGAUCAUCCAGUUGGUGAAGUUUGGGAUCGGUCAGGACUGGGUGCCCAUGAAGUACGACAUUUCAAUUGACAUGCCAGAGAGCCUUGAUCUCUCUGUGCUUAAAGGCUUUGGACUACAGCCUGGGGAAGAGCUAUUACCGGAGACUUCAGAACCACCAAAAGAGCCACAGAUCAACAUUGAAAUAGUGCAGCAACUGGCUGAAAUGGGGUUCCCAUGGGAGGCCUGUCGGAAAGCUGUCCACUUCACUGGCAAUACUGGCUCUGAGUCAGCCAUGAACUGGGUAAUGGAGCACAUGGGAGAUGCUGACUUUGCUGACCCUCUUGUCUUGGAGGACAAGAAAUCCAGUGGUAAUGACAACUUCACCCCCAAUGAGGAAGGUCUGGGCAUGCUCAUGUCCAUGGGCUUCACCAGAGAUCAAGCAACACUUGCCCUCAAGGAAACCAGCAAUAAUCUGGAGCGUGCAGCUGACUGGAUAUUCUCCCACCAACAUGAACUGGAUUCAUUAUUAGCAGCACAGAGUGGAGCAGCUGCUGUUCCUCCACAAAAACCAACCUACACAGAUGGGCCACCAAAGUAUGAACUAAGUGCUUUCAUCAGCCACAUGGGAACCUCAAUAUUUGUUGGACAUUAUGUGUGUCAUAUAAAGAAAGAUGGCGAGUGGAUCAUAUACAACGACAACAAAGUGUCCAAAUCAGUAGACCCACCUCUGGACCUUGGUUAUAUUUAUCUUUAUAAGAGAGUUACUGACUAGUAGUAUCAAGGAACACAUAUUCAAAAGAGACUGGUAACUAUGAAUAUCUUUAUACAGUUUCAUUCUUCAUUUAAUGUGUAUAAAUGCCUUGUGACUAUAAAUUAAACUUAUAUAUAUAUAUAUAUAUAUAUAUAUAUAUAUAUAUAUAUAUAUAUAUAUAUAUAUAUAUAUAUAUAUAUAUAUAUAUAUAUAUAUAUAAUGAUAUACUUUAACAACAAAGCAAAGCUAUUCGGUUAUGACGUUGAAGACAAUAUUUGUUAUGAAAGAAGUGAAAAUCCUCAUUUAACCUGUGAUCAUGUAGGGACAGAGUGUAGGGACUCUUCACAAAUAAUAAGUAGUCUAGUGAUACUGAAAUCAGCAAUUAUUCGUUUCGUUCUGUUUUCUUCUCAUAAAACUUGGACAAACUGAAGAUGAUUUAUUUUAGGUUUGCCAGCUUAUAAACAUGUUGAAAUUUUGUAUUGUAUUGAAAGUAGGCUCCAAAAACCACUUAAUUAUCAUUGGAUAUUUUCUAGGUCCAUAGUGUGUGACUGAGCUUGAAGGGACUCCUGGUUCCAUCAUGCUUUUGUAAAAUUUUUUUUUUUUUUUUUUUUUUUUUUUUUUUUUUUUAUGCGGGCCCAUGUUCUGAGUACUUGACAUCUGACCUGGUCACAGUUGCUUAUUCUGUGAUGCUGUUAUGGGCAUCAUUUUACACCACUUUCUACUAUAUAUGUAACACAUUUGGGUAUCAGCAGCUUAAGUAAACUAUUUAGCAGUUUGGUCUUUGAAUUAGAAAUUAUUAUAACAAUUGUGCGUAUGGCUUGAAUUCUUAAGAGCUGUAAUGUUGCCCAUACAUCAUCGUAUAUUUAUUGUUCUCUUUCGUAUACAGUAUUAGGUCACAAACAGAAGGCCUGAUUUUGCAUGUUUUUAUAUUUCAUUUAUGUUUUGCUUGCUGAUCAUGAGUUUUAUCUGUUUACUUACAAUUUAUAUACAUUUAUUUAUUUCAGUUAUUUAUAUUUCUAUGCCUGUAUACACAUUUUAGAAGUUAUAUAGGGCACUAGUGGUGAUCAUCAUCAUAUGCUACCACAUUAGUCCAUAGUUUUACUCCUUGAAGGCCCUCACUAUCUUCUGGUGCUUUACUUGUCUGAAGUAAAGCACCAAGCUGCUUUUGAGGGAUGAGUUAAUGGAUAACACAUGUGCUUUUAGCCCACACAGUGAUUGAUAAUAUCUUACCCAUCUUUAUGUGUGACUGAAAUAUUUGUGGAUCUUCCAUGAAUAAGAAGGUGGAUACAGUCACAAAGGGAUGGAAGGCUUUACCAUUGCAUAAUACUUAUUUGCCAUAUGGCUUCAGAUUUGCAGUGUUUAAGAUGCGCCUUCAGACAAUCAGACAGAGAGGGCAGCAGUGUGAGCUCUGUGUGGAGAAGCAAUAGUACAAUGCAUGUUUGUGGACUUAAGUUUUGAAUUUUCUCCUUACCAAGUUUUUUUUUUUUAAUCUACAUUUUCUUUAUUUCUUUGUUUCUGUUGUGAAUAAAUAUCAGGGAAGUGUGGAGAGUGCAGAUCCUAUGCUGUGAGUAUAAACAAACAUAGCUGUUGUAGCAGCUUUUGUGCAGUCAGGUAAAACCCAGCCACACACACACACACACACACACACACACACACACACACACACACACACACACACACACACACACACACACACACACACAUGCACUCAUGCACUCAAACACACACACACACACACACACGCACAUGCACUCAAACACACACACACACACACACACACACACACACACACACACACACACACACACACACACACACACACACACACACAUACAUGUGCUCACACACACACACACACACACACACACACACACACACACACACAUGCGCUCACACAUGCAAGAGUUGUGUUCUUCAAACUUUUUCCAUUGCGUCCCAGUUUGAUCUUAUGCACUCAUGUCAUAACCCUAUAGCAGUGAAACUUAAAGGGAAAUCUUGUUACCCAGUACACCUUGUAGAACACUGUCAGUGGUUGUGAAGCUGUUGGCUUAGGCUCAAGUCUGAACUUGAUCACAUGGUGCACAGCUUAUUCUUGUUUAAUACUUUUGGUAGAUAUGGAAAAUCAAAUUAAAACAGGUUCUAUAGAGAGCUGUUUUAAAUCAGUCUACUCAUGACAGGUUCUAAAAGACAACAUCUUGGUAGAGCACCUAUGAACUUGAGUCUGCAAUUGAUAGGUCCUUAAUUAUUCAUAGAAUGAUAAACAGACUGCAGUUACCCAAAUUGUGUGAAUGUUCAUCAUUAGUUAAAGUGAAAAAGUAAAUAUGGGAUGAAUGACGCUCCUUUAGAUUCCACUUUCAUGCAAGUGGCUCAGGGAGAAAGUUGGACUGGAUAUUAGCAAUACAAGAUGCCAAUCCCUCAAUAAGUGUCAAAUGAUGAUCAAAAGCAACAAUAUACAUAAAUACAUGUUCUGUAUCGAAUCAGUCUUGAUUCUGUGAUAGUCUAAGAGUGAAGCACCCAAGAAUGUGGGCUGGUAUACACACCAGUAUUUAGUAAGUGCACUAUUUGCUUUUUCAAAUUCAUGGUGGGCCUCAGCAUUAUGGCCAAUUAAGUCAAAUGAUCAUUGUUAUUCUGGGAUACUUAGUUGGCUUCACAUACCUAAAAGUAUCAUAGCUUGCAGAAAAGGCCGUAGUACUCGCACUUUCACAUUAUUUAACUGAUCCACAGGUUAUAUGCAAGAUAGGCUUCCUUGUGUUACUACCUUCAUACUACAUUAAUGACAGUAAAGUGCUUAACUUAUUUUUUUAUUUACAUUAUUGCUGUUUGAAUUUUUUAUUCCAUUACAACUAGUCACUUCACGACUAGCAGUGUGAAUUCGUUUGAUAAUAAAAAUAUUAAAUGCCAA